UGAAAGCAUUCAGUUGCUGCCGAGCAGCGAAGCAGUUAAGUUGUUGUUUUGCCGACGUGAACACACACAAACACAAACGUGCAUUUUUAUAUUUUUGGAAACCUUAGUUGGCGACAGAAGCCUGACGGGAAUUCGAGCCGCGCUGUGUACUUUCGAGUUGUGAAAAACGAAAUAACAAUAACAAUAACAAUAAUAACUAAGAAAAAACUGAGAUAAUUGUCGCGCAUAAACGAUUUUGUAGGCGCGCGUUUUGAAAUUGAGCCGUGCAUGGAUAGAAAAAAUAAAAUAAAAUUUCUCCGUUUCCGUUUUAUUUAGUGUACAAUUUCUAAGUUAAAUCUCUGACAAGUCGGCAUAAUCAACCGACACAUAAUCCAAAUAGCAACAAAGAUGGCGCAACAAACGACAAUAAAUGAGAAUAAUAACAAUCAGAAUGGUCAUAUACCUGAUCGUGCCACCUCACCACAUCUGACUAAAUUAAUAAUACCUUUAAAUGGUGAUAAGUCAACAUUCGAUAAAACCUAUAAUACACCAAUUGUGGACGCGAGUGCGACGAAAGAGAAGAAACCGAAAAAGAAGCGUCGCGACAAAAGUGAUCUCGGUGAUGAUUUCGUAGCGCCCGAUGGUGGUUGGGGUUGGCUGGUCACUGUGGCUAGUGGUAUUGCGGUGUUGGUGACAUUUGGCUUGGCCCAACAGUUCGGCAUUAUUUUUCGAGAUUAUAUGUACAGUAUUGGCAUCACCAGUUCGCAGCUGACGACAAUUAUCAAUACACAGAUUGCCGUUUCGGCGUUAACAGGUCUCCUCAAUGGACCGCUCUUCCGACGGUACACAUACCGGCAAGUCGCAUUGGGCGGCUCCACGCUCAUCUUCCUCGGCAUGUUUUUGUCAGUAUUCGCGCAAUCAUUUCUCUUCUACAUGAUGUCUUUCUCAUUCUUUUACGCCUUCGGUCGUGGUCUCAUGGUAUCAGCGUCUUCUAUGGCGGUUAACACUUUCUUCAAAGUGAAACGUCGCACUGCCACCUCAUAUCAGUUCGGUGUGGCAGGCAUGGGUCCAAUUAUGUUGCCACAUGUCGCCACUUUCCUAGUGCAAGCUGUGGGCGUUAAGGGCACUGUGCUAAUCUUUUCUGGUCUCUCGCUGCAUAAUUUUGCCGCCUCACUCAUUUUCCAACCCGUGCAAUGGCAUGUGAAAAAAGUGAAAGGCGAUGCAGAGGCUUUGCGACAGGAAUCGCAGCACUUUGAAGAGGAAGAGCCCGAACAAUUCGUAGAACCCGACACACACAGUUUGGCGCGCGCCAAUGACGGUUGGUUCGGUUCACGUACCUCCAUAAAUACGCUCAGCCAACGACAUCGGCUCGGCACUGGCGACAGCGUGCAAAUGCAACGGCUACGACGUCUGAGCAGCAUUGGCGCUGGCAAAGGUAAGCAGCGUUCUUUUUCGACUAGUGAGAGCAUUAAGGAGGAUGAGCUGGAGCAUUUGCAUUUGAAUAUGGAGUUGCCCACUAAACUGGAGCAUCUGGAUGAGGGGCAAGUUGCCGUGCAGUAUAAGCCACAACAAUUUACCGAGAAGGAAGACAAUUAUUUAGCGCCCGAAAAAACAUUAGAGGAAAUGUUGGAAGAAGAAGAGGAGGCACGCCAGAAAUUACCAUUCCUCCAAAAGGUCAUCAUUUUCUUCGAUCUGGAUCUGCUGCGCGAUUUCACAUAUGUCAAUCUGGCUAUGGGCAUGACAAUCAUCAAUUUCGUGGAAAUCAAUUUUGCCAUCCUAACGCCUUUCAUUCUCUCCGAUUUCAAAUUCACUAACACACAAAUCGCCUUUGCCAUGUCCUGCCUGGGUGUUUGCGAUGUCAUACUGCGUUUCCUCACGCCCAUACUGACCGCUAAGAUACCUUUGAGUAACAAGAAUUUCUUCAUUAUCGGCAUUUUGGGCAUGUGCUUGGGCCGCGUCUUCCUCAUAUACUGUCGUGAUUUCUAUUGGUUGAUCGCGGUUUUCGGCUUUUUGGGUCUUUUCAAGGCAUUCCGCACAAUCUUUGCACUUCUUAUCAUUCCCGGUUAUGUGCCUUUGAAGCGUUUGCCCGCUGCAGCGGGUCUACAAUUGCUUAUGUCCGGCAUCUUCUCGCUGGUUUUUGGUCCAGUUGUUGGUCUGAUACGUGACGCUACCGAUUAUGGCUUCACCCUGCAUGUGCUCAAUGGCUUGAAUAUUAUCGCUAUUGCAUUUUGGAUAAUCGAAGAUCUCUUGCGAAAGAAGAAGAAGCCAACACUGCAGUAGAAAAUAUUAAUAUAAAAAAAAAUGAUUAAACAUGAGUGCCAUUGUUGUAUCGUUCCUGCCACAUUGACAAUUAUGCAUUAGCUUAUAGACAUUCUCACAAAAAAUAUUAUAUUAUAUAAUGA